GGAGAACACCAUCGUGCCAUUUUUUUUAGUGAUAAGAGUCUGAAUCUGCAGAUCUCCCAAAAAUCAGUCGGAAGGAAGCAAUGGCAGCGCCAGAUCACCUAUUCAGUCUCCGAAACAAUUUCUACUUGGGAGCUUACCAGGCUGCCAUCAACAACAGCGACCUUCCCAAUCUCUCCUCUGACGACGCCGUUGAGCGUGACUGCCUCGUCUACCGCUCUUAUAUUGCCCUCGGCAGCUACCAGCUGGUGAUCAAUGAAAUCGACAAUUCGGCUGCCACUUCGCUCCAGGCGGUGAAAUUGCUGGCCUUGUAUCUCUCAAGCCCAGCAAACAAGGAAUCCACUAUUUCAAGCUUGAAAGAGUGGCUGGCUGAUUCAGCCAUUGGAAACAAUGCUAUUCUGAGGCUGAUUGCUGGAACCAUAUUCAUGCAUGAAGAAGAUUAUAAUGAGGCUCUAAAACACACCAAUGCUGGAGGAACUAUGGAAUUGCAUGCAUUGAAUGUCCAAAUAUUCCUUAAGAUGCACAGGUCAGAUUAUGCAGAGAAACAGCUGAGGUACAUGCAGCAGAUUGAUGAGGACCACACACUAACUCAACUUGCAAAUGCAUGGUUGAAUCUGGCAGUUGGUGGUUCAAAGGUACAGGAAGGAUAUCUCAUCUUCCAAGAUUUCUCUGAGAAGUAUCCAAUGACAUCCUUGAUCUUGAAUGGGAAGGCAGUUUGUUGCAUGCACAUGGGAAACUUUGAUGAAGCUGAAACAUUGUUGCUUGAAGCACUAAAUAAGGAUGCAAAGGAUCCAGAGACUUUAGCCAAUCUAGUAGUAUGCAGUCUUCACCUUGGUAAACCCUCAUCACGUUAUCUCAGUCAAUUGAAACUUUCACAUCCAGAUCACAUGCUUGUCAAACGUUCAUCAUCUGCUGAAGAGAACUUUGAAAGAGCACUACAAUCAGUAGCUUGAUGUGCAGUUGGUCUUCGGCAACUGGGUGAAUGGUGUUUAUUUCAUCAUUGUCACAGCCGUCUUUUUUAUUAUUAUUAUUAUUAUUAUUGUUUGGGUUGUGUAACCUAUAAGAAGUACAUGAUUGUUAGGGAAAGUAUCUGUUGACUGAGAGCUCAAAUCCGAUGAGUAAUGGCUUUUCCCAAAUCUUUUUGAUAAGGAACAAUUGAUAUAUCACAAGGUCUAGUGAUUUCAUUCA